AUGCGCGCCAAGCCCAGGAUCUUGGACUUGGAGGUGGAAGAAGAUGGCGACUCCCACGUACACCUUCCAUUCUUCGGAUUGCUAGGCAUGCAGACUAUCAACGUGCGGCCCUUAGCAGCGGCGUUGAUAGGGCCAUCUGCAUGUUUCUCAUGCCGUAGGGCUGGAUGGGACCUGUACAGGCAGCCCGGACUGCGGCCACUCCACGCCUCGCCGAUCUUCCAACGUCCGCGGCGGCGAGACUUCUUCUCUUCGAAUGCGGCGCUAUCGACUCAGAAGGAUCCAGAUAGCCAAAACACGCAGCCAGGGACUAUACAGAAAAGGAAGACUGCAAGGCCGAGCGCUGCAAAGACGUCACUGCGGAGAGUAGCCGUCGAGGCGCAACGCUCUAAGGUUGGGCACAGUGUCAAAACGCAGCAGCAACAACAGGAAGACGUCGAAGCGCCGAAGCUGGUCACAGCUUAUGCGGUCGCAGAGACUUUUGAUAUACCAAAGGUGGUAGAGAUACUACGGUCUAAGGGCUACGAGCCAGAUCCUCUGAACACUGGUCUACACCCACAAGUCGUUCAUGUCCAGGUGCCAGUCUCGUCCAUCUAUCGCUCUUCGAACGUCUCUGUAUCGGAGCUGGAAGCCCAGGAGGUGGGCGACGUCUUCAUCUUUCCCUCCGGAACACUUGUGACAUGGGCUCUGCCAGAAGGCUUCACAUCCUAUUUCGCCACGAGAACGCUUGCCCCAGCAGCCACAAACCAUCACCCUGAACCGAUUGAAACCGAAGAUCUGGAUUUCAUAGAGGAUCCUAGCCGAGAAACCAGUACAAUCCGAGGAGACACGAUUGUUCUCGGUACCAAGGCCUUGAACACAGACAACGAGUCGAAUGCGCACGGUAUCGACGCGACAUUGACCAAGAUCGCCUUCUCUUCCGGCUUUGCUCGAUCUACCAAGCUCGCUGUGCUUGAAACAAAUCUGUCGACUUACCUCGCCUCUACCGCGAGCAUUCCUCCACUGUUGUCAAAGGGCUCUCGACUACCGCUGAGGUUCUCCCGAGGCUUCAUACUUCGCAAGACCGGGCAAUUGCUAGAAUUGAGGGCUCAGCUGAACCUGUAUUCGGAGCUCACAGACUCCCUGCCAGAUCUGUUUUGGGAUUCGAAGUAUGAAUUGAAUCUCGAGAACUACUAUGACCAGGUUGGCAGAGCUCUCGAUGUCGAGGUUGGCUUCGAGGUGCUGCGGCUGUACAGAGAAGGUUUCUGGUCCGAGGUCUGGGAGCGCGGUCUGAAGACGGACCAGGCCAGCUAG